AUGUUUGCCAAGCUCCUUGCCCUUCUUGUCGCUUUCGCCAUGAUCUUCUCCAUGGUGGAAAGUCGGCCCUAUCACGACGCCUCCAUCAGUGGGACCUUAUUGAGCCCUUGGGGCGGAAAUUUGGACGGAGGAUACGCUAUGUAUCAAGCUCCAACUUACAGUAACAGCGGUAAGUAUAUCUUGCAUUACUUUUUUACAAUUUAACACUAGAGUUUUUCAAAAUCCAAAUUUUCCUCAAAAAAUUCGGAUCAAUUUUUUCGAAAUUCAAAUUGAAUACUCUGGAUUAUAUUUUUAAUUUUUCAAUGACUUAUUGUUGAUACAAUCCUAAUUCUGAUUAUUUUUCAGUGCGCUACCCAUACCCUUACUACUACAACUGGCAGAAGUAG